AUGGCAACGGAUAUCAGCGCAUCUUCGGCCUCAUCGGGCUCUUUUAGUAACCGGGUGCGUUCAUCAAGGGUGCCAAUCAGUGCUUCCGCCAGUGGAUCAUGGCGAACGCAUCACCUCGCUAUUGAUGAAGUCCCGGAUGAUCUCAGGGCCUUCUAUGAUAUCGGCAGGGCACUGGAGGCGGCAGGCGUCCCUGGACCAGCGAACCUCAUACCUGGGAAGAAACAAAUUGGGCAAGGCGCUCAGUUUGUAGUAUACAGGCAAAGGAUGGCUCGAUCCGAGGGAGGUUCUUUCGUGCUAGAAUCCGUCGCCGUCAAACAACCCAAAUUCCACCUGGACGCAUCCAGACAGCUCAACAUGGCAGACGGGCAAGCCAAGCGACAUCUCGAAGAUAUUUGCCUUGAAGUUAGAUCGCUGACAGUACCCGCAUUGCGAAAUCACGCAAACAUUGCGCGAUUACUCGCGUGGUCAUUCGACAUGUAUAGCCUGCACCAUCCAAUCUCGCUCAUCAUGGAAAUGGCCUUGUCUGAUCUCGAGCAAGUCCUCGACCAGCAGGCCAUUUCGUCCUGGCAAGCAUACCAUUUAUGUUCCCACAUUGCAGCCGCCAUCGACGCCAUCCAUCAGUGUAGUGUGAUUCAUGGGGACAUCAAGCCUCGCAACGUUUUGAUCUUUGAUCAGAGAGAUGGUCUUGUUGCCAAGCUAGCUGACUUUGGCCUAUCAAUUGCCGGCGAGGCUGUGGCUCGGCUGGGGGGGACUCCUGGCUGGCAGGCUCCAGAGGUAGAACGGGGGGAGUGUCUCACCGUAAAUGGAAUGAAGAAGGCUGAUAUGUAUUCAUUCGGGUUAGUUGCUUGGAAGACAAUCUUUACGUCUGGGAACUCCUCCCCUCCCCCUCCAAUGAGUCCCCAAGGCAGACACGAGUGGUUGCUAAGCGAGACUAAAAAGGCCACAAGCUUUACCAUGGCCUUUCUCCUAUCUGAAGCACGAACAGCGUUCCCUGCCCUGCUUAACGAGAAUCCAGAUGAGAGACCAGAGAACGCGGAACGGCUCUUUAGCGAGAGUGAGGGGCUUUUCGAUGCCAGCGAGGUUGAAUCGCGUGACCAACUUAUCCUAAAUCUACGGCGAUGUGUUGACAGAUGGGACAGGGUUGGCGCCGCGGCGGCAGAAGACUCUGAAGACGAUGAUACUAUGUCCGAACACCUCCCGAUUCCCUCCCACGCCAAGCUGGACAAUAGUCUGCCCGACCAUGUCUUUAAUCCCCAUGACCUGACGCAAAGGCAUAGAUAUUCAUGGGAAAUACCCAGACUGGGCUGGUAUUUUCUCUCCGGGCUGUCCUCAUCCUCUGCGGUUGCAAGAGAAGCCCUCCUACCGGAGGUCAUAUUCGCCACUUUUCUGUUCUCAACCGGCUCUCAGACCCAGACGGCAACCCAGAAAAAGGCAAUCCUAGACCUUCUGCUGACUGCAGCUACGCGAGGAUACCAACCAGCAAGGGCAGCAGCCCCAACAGCAUUAGCAUGGUACUACGGGGAGAUCCCAAGCGACCGAAUUACACAGGUUAUGAAAUGGCUUCAGACAGCUGUUGCCAGUGGUUCAAUUUCUGCGAGACGCCAGUUGGAUCUGCUUGGCCCAGAGUCAAUGCCUGCCUCAAUUCAAGAAUUUAGGGCCCAUGGGGGCUACGCAUCACACUAUCUCGCCAACCAAGCCGUGGAUGGCUUGCCUGGGCUUGCUUCUUUCGGAACCUUAGAGAAACUGAACGAUUAUAUCACUUCUGCCGGAGUUGGUUUCGAUAUCGAGGAGAGGACAAAAGAGGGAGAGACGGCCCUCUACCUAGCUUGCGCUCGCGGAUCCUGGGAUAUUGCUGCCGAGUUGCUCGACCGUGGCGCCAAUGCUUCUGUGGUGUGUACCGAGUUCGGCAUCACAUGUUUGCAUUGGCUAUUUGCAUUCGACUCAGCCCUCCAAUCUACUGUAGCGAAUCGACUGGUCAGUAGCGGGGCUAAUAUCAAUGCCGUGAUUCCUCAACCGGUGCCUUUUCUUCACUUUCCAUUCCAUCUUCCCUCCGGAACACCUCUUCACUGGGCCGUUGCUACUAAGAGCCAUACCACAAUAAAAGUCCUUAUCGAUCUUGGGGCCCAACUGGACAUACGUGACGGUUCGGACCCCUACAGGUAUGACAAUCGAGUGAGGCUUUUAUCUGAUGGCGAUCCGCCUGAAGAGUUAUACGCCUUGCCGGAAACUCAGCCGUUGGGUCUAAGUCCUAUUGAUUAUGCUGCGAUGGAUCACGAUCCCUUUAUUUUUGAGUAUCUUGUGUCCUCGGGUAGAACUAUCCAGAUUAAUGCAGUAGACGAUGAGGGUUUAACUGUACUACAUAGGCUAAGUGCCGGUCACAUCCGUCGAACCCUGACAGGUAUCCGUUUUUCCAGUUUGCCUUUCAAGGAUAGCCCAGCGAUGAGCCGAGGUCAGUUGAAGCGAACCGUUGCAGCUAUUAAGUCUCUAGGCGGAGACUUGGAACGACUGACAACCCCGAGCACCACAUAUUAUGAUGGGACCAUCGAGCCCUACUCGCCUCUAAUCAUGGCUACUCUGGGAGGGUGCCGCGAUGUUGUUACUGCGCUCCUGGAGGGUGGAGCAAAUAUACACACAGAAAAUGAGUACGGAACGCAAGCAAUCGACCGCCCUUGUGAGGAUAACGUCAUAUGUUACGAGACCGUCCGGAUUCUCAGCGCAGCUGGUGCCGAUAUCAACCAUAAAGACAAAUUGACAAGUCGCACGCUGCUAUACACGGCUGCCGCACGCAGAAAUUUCGACUUGAUGGAGCUGCUUCUCUCCCUGGGUGCAGACAUUGAGGAGAAGGUGGCACAUCGCUUUGCGUUGGAGCAGGGAUGGGGAAUCUUUGCCCUGUUGGCGCAUACAGAGCCACCCUUUGAUGAAACUGCAGACGUAAGAAUAGCCGAGUUGUUGAACAAGUAUGUGCUUGGUCAUGUGGAUGCGGAGAAGCGGCGGCGGGUGAUUGAGCAUGCUGAUGACAGGGGCCAAACGAUGUUGCACCGUUUUGCGAUGCACUUUAUGCGACACAGCGUUAGUCUGCUUCUUAAUCAUGUUAGUCAAAUUAACUCUCCGUCGCUGUGCCAGGGAGGGAUAAAAUCGAAGAAUGCCCAGCACCAGACUCCUCUUGAUGUUGCCAUGGAAUCCAUGGAGAUGCUUGAGCAGUCAAUGCAUGAGACACCAAAAUAUAGUAUCCCUGAAUACGAGAGCCUCCUCGAGAGAGCUAAAGCAGUGGUUAAAGCCCUUCAGGAUGUAGAGGUAAAAUUAUAUAUUAAGGGUUAA